AAACAAGACUUUGUUACCCAGACUGCCUGGAAAACGUUAUAACUUGUUAUGAUAUUCGAGAUUAAACUGUCCCGUGAACUUUUGUCACAUGACAGACGGAAAUCACAUCGACGUCCUUGCUGAAGUUGGGAGAACUUUCAACUAGUAGAUUCAUAAAAACAACAAUAAUUGAUUGGUGAUAACUACAGAUAUUCAAGAUGGGGUCGUUGUUUAGAAGUGAGAAGAUGACCUUGUGUCAGUUAUUUCUCCAGUCUGAAGCAUCGUAUGCCGUAGUAUCAGAACUGGGAGAACUUGGAAUAUUUCAGUUUAAAGAUUUAAAUAUGAAAGUCAAUGCUUUCCAGAAGAAAUUUGUAAGUGAAGUAAGGAGAUGUGAAGAAAUGGAAAGAAAGCUACGAUAUAUUGAGAAAGAAAUAAAGAAGGAGCAUUUAAAGAUACCUGAUUAUGGUGAAAAUCCAAAAGCCCCUGCACCUAAAGAAAUGGUAGAUUUAGAGGCGACAUUUGAAAAGAUAGAAAGUGAAUUAAGAGAGGUCAAUACCAAUGCUGAGGCUUUGAAGAGAAAUUUCUUAGAACUGACAGAAUUGAGAGAAGUCUUGAGAAAAACUCAAACAUUUUUUACUUCACAAGGUCAAGAAAUGAGUAAUAUUGUUGGGGAAGCCCAGCAUGCUCUAGUACAUGAUGAAGGAACAACAUCGGGUCAGGCUGUUCAACUUGGUUUUAUUGCUGGUGUGAUACCUCGUGAAAAAGUUCCACCAUUUGAGAGAAUGCUUUGGUUUGCUUGUCGUGGAAAUGUAUUUUUACGAUAUGAAGAAAUCCAGCAAUCUUUGGAAGAUCCUCAAACUGGUGAGCCAAAGAUUAAAGCCGUUUUCAUGAUUUUCUUCCAAGGAGAGCAGUUGAAGGCUAGAGUAAAAAAGAUUUGUGAAGGGUUCAAAGCUGCACUCUACCCAUGUCCUGAAUCAUCUCAAGAAAGACAAGAGAUGUUCCGUGGAGUUACCACCAGAUUAGAAGACUUGAAAACAGUUUUGAAUCAAACAGAAGAUCACAGAAGAAGAGUGUUAGUUGGUGCCCAGAAGGAAAUCAGAAGUUGGAUUAUUAAAGUGGAGAAAAUCAAAGCUAUUUAUCACACACUAAACAUGUUUAGUUUUGAUAUCUCUCACAACAGUUUAAUUGCUGAAGGCUGGUGUCCUAUUCAGAGUUUAGAGGAUGUUCGUAGAGUUCUGAAAGACGGAGAGAAAUUGAGUGGAAGUACAAUUCCCAGUAUUCUUCACCCAAUGAAAACUCAUGAGACACCUCCAACGUUUUUCAAGACAUCACGAUUUACUCAAGGAUUUCAGAACAUCGUUAAUGCCUAUGGUAUCGCUACCUAUGAGGAAGUCAAUCCAGCACCUUAUGCUAUCAUCACCUUCCCCUUCUUGUUCUCCGUUAUGUUUGGUGAUGCUGGACAUGGAACACUAAUGUUUUUGUUUGGAUUGUGGAUGGUAUUAAAAGAAAAAAGUCUUCUAGCUGCUAAAUCAAACAACGAGGUAAGGUUGAGUAAUGAAAUGGUGGCUUCUGUCCUAUGA